GUAAUCUCCCAAUUUGCAAUCUGAUAUGCUUGCAAUGCAUUGUUUUUCGUGCUGGUGCAAUGCUCAGGUUUUGCAAUGAGAUGCUGCCUUUGAGAUCCGGGUGGUGUUGAUCUUUGGCACUACAACUGUGUUCUUACGGGCUCGCCUUUUUCUAUCUUUUCUCUUCCUCUCUUAAUGGUGCUUGCAAGAAGGUGGGAUCGAGUCAGACUGUCUGGAUGGAGAAACAAGGAGGGGCAGUAGCUCAGGGAGAGUUUGAUAAAAGCAAACAGAGUCCAAAGGAACCAAAGGGUCAAGAAGAGUCAGCGAAUUCAGAAUCUCGGAUUGCCCCUGCAGAUGAUGAGGACGGAAUCCCAAUUUCCACAUCAGGACUAUUGCAGGUGGUGGAGAGAAGGCAGCCUCUCAGCAGUGUCUCAUCUCUUGAGGUACACUUUGACCUCAUGGAUCUGACUGAACUCACAGACAUGUCCGACCAAGAACUUGCAGAGGUUUUUGCUGAUUCUGAUGAUGAGAAUCCACCGUACGAUUCAUCUACAGAAUUGAACCAACCAUUGAUGUAUCCAAUCAUCUCACGUGGAACACAUUUAAAAUCCCCUUCAUGGACAAGAGCCAAGAAUGAACAGAGCAGGGAGAGGAAGCACCCAAGUGAUCCAGAUGUUCCAUUGGAAAUGUCAGAUCAUUUUCACACAGUUGAAACACACAAAAAACCCUAGGACAAGAUUGGACCUUGCUUCAAUAAAAUGUACAGCGCUGAAUAGUUCUGCCGCAUCAUUCAUAAUUGUUCUUCUCCCUCAUUCUUCAUUCAUAUAAUUAAGUAGAUUUUCACCAACUGUCCCUGCAGUGAAUUACAUAAUGUUUAUGCUUUCAGCGAAGGGAUUUUUACCCUAUGUAAUGAAAUCUAUAAAAAUCAACUAUCAAUCUUAGUCCAUUCAUAUGCUUUUGGUGCUGUGGAUGAGCCUGUGCUAUGACCUUAGGACAUUAUAUGAAAAUAUCUGAAGAACUGGAACUUUUUAUUGCCUUGAGUAACUCAGUCAGGUGACUAUCACUUUUUAGAAAACUCCUUGAAACAAUAACAGAACAUAAGAAAUAGGAGUAGGUCAUUCAGCCCCUCAAGCCUGCCCCACCAUUCAAUAUGGCUGAACACAUAUGUCGUUUUAGAGCUUUCCAGGCAAUUGUAGUCAAUCCCUGUCCAACUAGGAAUACUUGUUCUAUAUCAGCUGCUCUCGUGGAAAAAUCUGACAUUGUCCAUUUCACCUCACAUCAGGCUAAAAUCUGUAAGUCUGCAACAUGCUCUUCACAGCAAAACCAGUGGGAGAAAGUGCAGGUACUGAAUGCGUAACAGAAAAAUUAAAACCAAUACAAAUGGAGGUAAAUACGGAAUAUCUCACCUAUGAUGAUGUUGGAGGAAAUCUUCCACUGGAAGGAGAGAUGAAUACUAAUAAGUGUCUAUGCAGUUUUCUGGAGUGAAACACCAAGAUAAAAAAAAUAUUGUAUGUUUCUCAGGCAACAUCUCUAAACAGAAUUUGUACACCAAACAUAGAUUCCUAGAAAUGUGAUAGAAGAUUUUUAUUAGCACUGAAAUGAUCAAUAAUGCAUGGAAUAAAAGCAUCAUAAAUAAAAUCACUAGUUUUCUUUUUCAGUCUCCAAACUGAAUUUAUAAGGAGGUAGCAUUCUCUUUCCAGAUAUGUUUAUCCUUUAAAUGCAUUGUCCUACAUGUCUAAACAUGCGAAAAAGGUAUUCAAGGAGAAAAGGGUCUAACUGAGCCAAAACACUAACUCUGAUUCCAUAUUAUAUACACACGUGGACAAAGAAACCGAGUUCAGUUUUAAUUCCUGUUGUACAAAAGUCAUUACCUCUAAACCAAAAUAUUGCACUGCCUGAAAACUAAAAAUUAAAUUGAAUGAUAUCAGUCUGAUGCCAACACUAAGUUAUCCUGUUAAAUUAAAAUUUAUCUUUGAGACCAGAAAGCAGCUCUUAUUUUCUUUCAAAAAGGGUACCAGAUUCCGCCCCCCUCCAACCCCCUGACA